AUGCGCGUGCUAGCGGUCCUUCUGCACUCCUCGUCGUUGGCAACUUUGGUGCCACAAUUCGUGUGCUUCAUCCUUUCUGAGGAUAGUACCGUUGAACGCUUUGGCCUCACAACCCCACCUUCCACCACCACAUUCCGUCACCGUGGGGCCACAGAGAAAGCCCGCAGGCAGAUUGGUGUGGUCACACUUCAUAUUGGGGAUGGCGAGACCACCACCAGCUUUCUCGAUGAUGUUGAGACGCAAGCCUGCAAGCUGUGGAAGGAUUCUACAAGCGGAAGUCUCACACAGGUGGAGACAGGGAGCGAUGAGAUGGUUCAGCGAGUACAAGAUGUUCUGCAGUCAGCAGCCCUCGAUGCAAUUCACAAAAGAGAAGGACGAGGUCGCUCUAUGAAUGCCACACAGACAUAUCCUGUUUUUGUUGUUCAUAUCACACACUCAAGGCCCGGGGGAUUCUGA